CUACAGUGCGGGCCAGGGCCCCCAGGCUUCCUGUGUGUGCGCCCGCCCGCUACUGUUUCUUGUCGGAGCUCGUUGGGCCAUCCGGCGGCCCGGCCCGGCCCCAUGGCCCAGACCCCCGACGGCAUAUCCUGUGAGCUGCGAGGCGAGAUCACCAGAUUCCUGUGGCCCAAGGAGGCUGAGCUGCUGCUGAAAACCUGGCUACCAGAACGGGAGGGUGCUGAGCGAGGUCAUGUCUUGGCACUGCUACGAUGGAGAGCCUACCUGCUCCACACCUGCCUUCCCCUGAGGGUGGACUGCACAUUCAGCUACCUGGAGGUCCAGGCCAUGGCACUGCAGGAGACACCCCCUCAGGUCACUUUUGAGCUAGAGUCUCUGCCUGAACUGGUCCUGGAGUUUGCUGGUGUAGCUGCCCUGGAACAGCUGGCCCAGCACAUUGCUGCAGCCAUCAAGAAGGUCUUCCCUCGCUCGAACCUUGGGAAGCUAUUCCGGAAGCCCACAUCCUCCUCCAUGCUGGCUCGGCUGGAGAGAAGCAGCCCCUCCGAAGACACCUUGCCCAGCAGCCCCUGUGGUGGCUUCUUGGAGACGUAUGAGGCUCUGUGUGACUACAAUGGCUUCCCUUUCCGAGAGGAGAUUCAGUGGGAUGUGGACACCAUCUACCAUCGUCAGGGCUGCCGCCACUUCAGCCUAGGCGACUUCAGCCAUCUGGGCAGUCGCGACCUGGCGUUGAGUGUGGCUGCCCUGUCCUACAACCUGUGGUUCCAGUGCCUCUCCUGUGUGGACAUGAAGCUGAGCCUUGAGGUCUCGGAACAGAUUCUGCACAUGUUGAGUCAAUCGUCCCACCUGGAGGAGCUAGUGCUAGAGAACUGUGGCCUGAGGGGAGACUUUGUCCGGCGACUGGCCCAGGCACUGGCAGGGCACUCGAGCUCUGCCCUCCGGGAGCUUAGCCUGGCGGGGAACCUGCUGGAUGAUCGAGGUACGGAUGAACCUAGGGACCCCCAGGAGGCUGGUGCUAGAGGAGGUGAGAGCCACACAGCUGCCCCCAAUUCCCCAGGCAUGGCUGCUCUCAGCAGACACCUAGAGUAUCGUCCUGGAGCCCUGAGGAAACUCAGCCUAGCGCAGACAGGGUUGACAGCUCGAGGAAUGAGGUCUCUGGGCCGGGCACUGGCUUCCAAUGUGGCCUUUGACUCUGCCCUGACCCACUUGGAUCUUUCCGGGAACCCUGGGGCGCUGGGGUCCUCGGAGGACAGUGGGGGCCUCUAUAGUUUCCUGAGCCGUCCUAAUGUUCUGAUGUUCCUGAAUCUCGCGGGCACCGACACCGCCCUGGACACUCUCUUCGCAGCGCUGGCCGGCGGCUGCUGCGCUAGCCUCAGCCACCUGGACGCCUCGAGGAACGUCUUCUCCCGCACGAAGUCCCGGGCUGCGCCCGACGCGCUCCAACUCUUCCUCAGCCGUGCGGAGACGCUUCGGCACCUGGGCCUGGGGGGCUGUAAGCUGCCGCCCGACGCGCUCAGGUCAGUGUCGCUGCCUACGGUUACGCCCCGGUGUGUGCGGCCACCACCCAGGCCGGGGCCCCAGAGCUUCACCCCGCUCCUAUCGCCCCCUCGACCUUCCGGUAUCCUGCCCCUUCCUUCUUGGUAUUCGUUCGCGCCCUGGGGCCCCCUUUCCCGGCUCCCGCCACCCCCUGUGACAUCCUCUCCCAGGGCCCUUUUGGAAGGCCUUGCGCUAAACACGCACACGGGCGACCUGCACCUGGACCUCAGCGCUUGUGAGCUGCGUUCAGCGGGCGCUCAGGUGAUACAGGACUUAGUGUGCGACGCCGGCGCAGUGAGCUCCCUGGAUCUGGCGGAUAAUGGCUUCGGCUCAGACAUGGUGACUCUGGUGCUGGCCAUCGGGAGGAGUCGGUCCCUGCGACAUGUGGCACUUGGAAGGAACUUCAACGUCCGGUGCAAGGAGACCCUGGACGACGUCCUGCACCGGAUUGUCCAGCUCAUGCAGGAUGAUGACUGUCCCCUACAGUCUCUGUCGGUGGCUGAGUCGCGGCUGAAGCUGGCCUCCAGCGUCCUGCUCCGGGCCCUGGGCACGAAUCCUAACCUGACGGCGCUGGAUAUCAGCGGCAACGCCAUGGGGGAUACCGGCGCCAAGAUGCUGGCCAAGGCACUUCGGGUCAACACUAGGCUCCGGUCUGUCGUCUGGGACCGGAACCACACGUCUGCUCUGGGCCUGCUGGACGUAGCGCAGGCCCUGGAGCAGAACCGCAGUCUAAAGGCCAUGCCUCUGCCACUGAACGACGUGGCCCAGGCACAUCGCAGCCGCCCGGAAAUGACCACACGUGCAGUGCAUCAGAUCCAAGCCUGUCUUUUGAGGAAUAACCGUGCGGACCAUGCCUCUUCUGACCGCACUUCCUGUCCGCAGCCACCGGGUCUGGUCUCCGACCCUUCAGAGCAGGAAGUGAACGAACUGUGUCAGUCAGUGCAGGAGCAUGUGGAGCUACUAGGCUGUGGGGCUGGACCCCAGGGUGAAGCUGCUGUGCACCAGGCUGAGGAUGCCAUCCAAAAUGCCAACUUCUCUCUCAGUAUUCUCCCAAUUCUGUAUGAGGCUGGAAGCUCCCCAAGUCAUCAGUGGCAGCUGCGGCAAAAGCUAGAGGGCCUCCUGGGACAGGUGGGCGAGGUCUGCCGUAAAGAUAUUCAAGAUUUCACUCAGGCUACAUUGGACACAACAAGGAGCCUCUGCCCACAGAUGCUACAGGGACCCAGGUGGAGGGAGCAGCUAGAGGGGGUUCUGGUGGGCUCAAGGGGCCUCCCAGAACUGCUCCCAGAGCACCUGCUGCAAGAUGCCUUCACUAGGCUCCGGGAUAUGCGGUUGUCAGUCACGGGGACCUUGGCAGAGAGCAUUGUGGCUCAGGCCUUGGAGGGGCUGAAUGCAGCCCGUGAUCGGCUGGGUGCCUUAUUGCAGGUGGAGAGUCUGGCUCAUCAGGCAACAGUGACAAUGCCUCCUGCCAUACCAGCACUGGAUGGAGGUGAGCCCAGCCCCCUUGGGCCUGGGGAAUUGGAAGGUCUUUUCUUCUCUGAGGAGGUGAGGGAAAAGCAGAAGGAUGAAGAGGAACAGAAGCAUGACAGUCCUCCACAGAAAUGGCCUGAGUCCAGCCAAUGUUUUCACCUGGUCCUCUCCACUCACAGUGCUGCUGAGGAACCGGAGCCCGAGCUGGCGGCUCCGGGGGAAGAUGCAGAGCCGCAGGCGGGGCCUUCUGCCCGUGGCUCUCCGAGCCCUGCCACCCCGGGUCCCCAGGCCGGCCCACUGCCUUGCAUGGACCUGCCACCCUCUGGGGAGCCCCUACGCCAUCCGACCCGGGCCCGGCCGCGGCCGCGGCGCCAGUACCACCACCGUCCGCCACCGGGGGGCCCCCAGGUGCUCCCAGCCCUGCCGCAGGAAGGGAAUGGACUCAGUGCCCGCGUGGACGAAGGCGUGGAGGAAUUCUUCUCCAAAAGGCUGAUCCAGCAGGAUAGCCUCUGGGUUCCUGAAGAGGACUCAGCCAAUGAAGGGGGUACCACCCCUGUCCCCCGUACACUGAGAAAGAAGCUGGGUACCCUGUUUGCCUUUAAGAAGCCUCGUUCAACCCGGGGGUCACGGCCUGAUCUAGAGACCAGCCCUGGGGCAGCUCCCCGUACUCGAAAGACCACACUGGGAGACCUGUUGCGGCCACCAUCCCGCCCCGGUCGUGGGGAGGAGCCUGGUGGAGCUGAGGGGGGCACCAGCAGCCCAGACCUGGCCCAUAGGAGCCGGCCUCGUUAUACCCGGGAAAGCAAGGCCUAUUCAAUGAUACUACUACCUGCUGAGGAGGAGGAAACACUGGGUACCAGACCUGACAAGCGGCGGCCCCUGGAGCGGGGAGACACAGAGCUGGCCCCAUCCUUUGAACAGCGGGUACAAGUGAUGCUGCAGAGGAUUGGUGUGAGCAGAAGCAGCGGAAGUGCUGAAGGCAAGAGGAAGCAAAGCAAGGAUGGAGAGAUCAAGAAGGCUGGCUCGGAUGGCUGGUGCCUGAACCCCCAGCCCCUUGCAGGUGACAUUAUGGACAGUUCCACAGAGGCCCCUCCCAUCUCAAUCAAGUCCCGCACCCACUCCGUGUCGGCUGACCCCUCAUGCAGACCUGGUCCAGGGAGCCAAGGUCCGGAGUCCACCACCUGGAAGACACUAGGACAGCAGCUGAAUGCAGAGCUCAGGGGCCGUGGUUGGGGCCAACAGGAUGGUCCAGGCCCCCCCUCCCCUUGUCCCAGCCCCAGUCCACGAAGAACCAGCCCCUCCCCUGACAGCCUGGUCCUCCCAGAGGACCCUUGCUUGGGCCCUAGGAACGAAGAUGGCCAGCUGAGGCCGAGGCCUCUCUCGGCAGGGCGACGAGCAGUGUCUGUGCAUGAGGACCAGCUCCAGACCCCUGCUGAACGGCCCCUGCGGCUGCAGCGCUCCCCUGUUCUCAAGCGGAGGCCAAAGCCUGAGGCACCCUCAUCUCCAGGCCUAGGAUCUGGCCUUGGAGCCCAACCUCUGCCCCCACAGCCCACAGAGCCCUCUAGUCCUGAGCAGAAGCCACCCUCCCCAGCCACAGACCAAAGAGGCGGCGGCCCCAACCCCUGACCCUCUCCUUUUCCUGCCGCAUGAGAUUAUUUUAUUAAAAAACUCAAAGCAGA